CCGGCCCCGCCCGCCGCCGCGUGCCGCCCGGCGACAGCUGCGGGUUUGGAAAAAUGGCCAAAAGAAUUGCUGAGAAGGAAUUGACAGAUAGAAAUUGGGAUCAAGAAGACGAAGCAGAAGAGGUGGGAACAUUCUCGGUGGCCAGCGAGGAAGUCCUGAGGAACAGAGCCAUCAAGAAGGCGAAGCGCAGGAAUGUGGGGUUUGAGUCUGAUGGUGGAGGGGCCUUUAAAGGUUUUAAAGGUUUGGUGGUGCCUUCUGGAGGAGGAGGAUUUUCGGGGUUUGGCAGUGGUGCCGGAGGGAAGCCUUUGGAAGGACUGGCGAAUGGAAAUAGCAUCACAGGCACCCCUCCGUUCUCCAGCACCAGGGCAGCGCCCGAAUCCAAGGCAGCCUUUGCAGCCGUGGCCACAAACGGCCCUGCCUCCUCUGCUGACCAGGCCUCAAGUCCCGAGACAAACGGCAGCACCCCGCAGCCCUGCUCCUCUGCCCCGAGCGCGGCCCCACGUGGCGGCGCCUACCACAAGCAGCUGGCCGCCCUCAACCGCGCCGUCCGCGACUGGAUCGUGAAGCACGUGGACACGAACCCGCUGUGCGACCUCACGCCCGUCUUCCGGGACUACGAGAGGCACCUGGCGGGCAUUGAGCAGCAGCGCGGGAGCAGCGAGCGCAGCGCAGGCCGGACGUCGGCUGAAGCACCGUCCCCCGCCCUGUUUGCCUCGGCAAAGCCACAGCAAGAGUCAGCGUUUUUGUUCCACGGCAGUAAGACUGAAGAGGCGUCGGAAAAGAAGACGGAGGCCGAGUCCGGAGAGAAAGCGGACGCGCCCCUGGCAGCGGCGAGCGCCACGUUCAGUUUCGGCAAGAAGGUCGACAGCGCCGUGCUGGGCUCGCUGAGCUCCAGCCCCCUGACUGGAUUUUCAUUUUCUUCUGGAAAUUCCGGUUUAUUUGGCAAAGAUGCUACCCAGAGUAAAGCAGCUUCUUCGCCAUUUUCCACUAAACCACUGGAGAACCAAGCAGAAGGCAGCAGUGAGUGCCAAGGUGGAGAGGAAGGCGAGAGCGACGAGCCGCCCAAGGUAGUGGUCACUGAAGUGAAAGAAGAUGAUGCUUUUUACUCCAAAAAGUGUAAACUAUUUUACAAGAAAGACAACGAAUUUAAAGAGAAGGGCGUGGGGACUCUGCACUUAAAACCCACAGCGAGUCAGAAGACGCAGCUCUUGGUGCGGGCGGACACCAAUUUGGGCAACAUCCUGCUGAACGUCCUGAUCCCCCCCAACAUGCCGUGCACCCGGACGGGGAAGAACAACGUGCUGAUCGUCUGCGUCCCCAACCCGCCGGUGGACGAGAGGAACGCCACCGCCCCGGCCGCCAUGCUCAUCCGGGUGCGCACCGCCGAGGACGCGGACGAGCUGCACAGGGCCUUGCUGGAAAGGAAGGACGCCUGACGCGCCAGCCCGCCCGAGGCCUGGCGGCGCUUCUCUUCCCCUGGCACCCCAAGAACAGCUAGCUAGCUGGGCGCUUCUGUGAGGACGAGUAACAUGCCAAUAAAACCUUUACUGCUAAGUGUCAGGAAAUUGUAUUCUCUCUUCUUAAGAACGCCCAUGUGUGAAAUACAUUUGAAUGAACCUUUGCGGAAGAUUUCUCAUGCUCCUUUCAUUAAGCCGAGCGCAAGCGGUUUCCUGAUGGACUCGAGUCAGAGUAUCGAGCAGGUUUCCCCAAGGCUUCUCCCGCCAGGCCGGGCCGCCCCGCAGGGCUCGCCCACAGCCACACCUCGUGGAGGAAGCUCGCCCGGGAUCUUCGCCACCAGGCGUGAGCAGCACGCCCCUCCGGACCACCGCCUGGUCGGGACAAAAGUGCUUCCAUUGCUGCCGCUGGUGGUUGACAGCCGGGCCGCAGGCGGCAGGUCUCGCCUCGUGCAGACGCCGGCCUUGGAGCCGCUCGGGACCUGCGUUUGAUUCUAAACAAGGGAGCAGCUUGUUCUUGGGUGUUGCAGUCUAAUUCUUGAGGUGCUGUUCCUUCUGUCUCCCCACAGACACGGGUGGAGGGAGAUGGCCCAGAACAGGUUAAAAAGCACAAAUUUGGUAGUUUACAGGUUGUAGACCCCGGACCGCAAACCUGCAUGAAAACGGAAGUCGGCUCAGCCUUUCUCCAGAGGACAGACGUGGCUCCCCCGGUGACCUGGACCCGCGGACCUGCAGCUGGCUGCUGAGGCGGAGCGGGAGCCCCGGCGACAUGGCCGCGCGGACAGAUGCCAGCACGCGGGAGGUCGCGGAGGAGGCGUGGCGUUGCCUUUACCUCAGCCAGUAGCGCGCGCUGCACUUGAUGCUGCAAUUGCCAUUUUUUUUAAAGAAUGUUCAGUGCGUUUGCAUGGCGGGGGCCGCGCCCCUGCACAGCACACCCCUCACCUCGCCUCAGCCUGGACGCACGGCCACGUGUCCGCUCUGGUUCCUCCGCUCCCCUGAGCCCUGCCCGGCCAGAGGCCCAGCGCCUCCCCGGGGUCGCUGUAUAGCCGCAUCCUCGGAGCAUCAUGUCUCAGAAGAGCCGUCGCCAACUACUCUCAUGACACAGCACGGUUGCUUUUUAAAAAAAGUACAGCGUUAGACGGACAGGAGGGGGAGGCAGCUUUAUGUUAACUCGGGAAUUCCUUACUAAAAGGUGGUUCGGCCUGGAUUUACCACACGGCUCCUUGGGUGCCCUCCCGGCCGCGCCAGCGGACCCGGCCCGUGUGGCUGGCAGAUCCCUCAGGGGCGACUUCCGGUGUGGGCAGAGCCCCAGCUGCACCGUGAGCUGGCAGGAAGCGGCAGUUAUUUUUGCAUUUUCUCUCACGCUGAGAGGGUCCGUCAGUCUGUUCCAGGUGAGUGUGUGGUGGUGGCCGCCCCCGGGCCCUGCCCUGGGGUUUACCCAGCCGAGGAAGAGGAAGGGCGGGCUCCGUCUGCUGUGGCACAGCCCCGGGGGCGCGACUGUCCCCAUGCCUCUUCCUCUGCUCUCAUGUGUGCGUGUGGGAGGGGCGGGGUCCCCUGAGGCCAGGGAGGGGCCCGACUGGCCAGGCCGCCUUCUGCGCUGAGUCUCUUCAGCUGGUCGCACACGCGGCUUCCUUUUCCGUAACAUUCCCAGACUCGCCGUGGCGGUGAGAACUGCAGGGAAACCCCGCCGAGCGGAAUGUGGUAUUUUCUUAACAUCACUUCUGUGUUUUAGGAACCCGGUGGUGGUGAACCUCGGUUAUGGAAAAGCCUAGGCUGGGAUUUCACUGUCGCGUGUCAACCCUCCUAUGUCCCGGGGGAGGGUCCUUGGCCCGAGGGGCCUCGCGCCCGCCACCGCCCGAAUUCUGCCUCAUGGGUUUAGUUUUAUUUUUAACAAAAUAAUAGAAAUUAGACUUGAAAAUGUUUCACGUGGGCUGCACGCUUCAGUUGGAGACCGUGAGGUGUGCCAGGGCGGGGCCUGGGCCGCCGCGUGUCUCCCUCCAAACCCGACGGGGUCUGGUCAGCCCCGACAGACCGAGUGCCCCAGUGGCCUUCUGGAGGCGGGCGUGGCCCCUCGCGGCGGGAGCUGCUCGCCUCAGAGCGUGUGCCCUGUUUUUAAAGCCGUUUCGAUGAUGUUUCCACGGAAGGACAAGUCUGGACGGACCGAUCUUCUUCCCGAGGGCCACUGUUUCACAUUUCCAUUUUAAAUCCUAUUUUUGAUAUGCUGCAUGCCAAAUGACCCGCCUGCUCUGGGGAGACAGACCUCUACCCCGCCGGGUUAGGGUUCGGAGCAGGCCUUCUCCGAGCUCCCCGGGGCAGCGGCCGCUUUUCCUCCACCCUGAAGCAGCGCUGCGGUCCUGGCCCCACGGGGGGAAGGUGUGGGCUCGGCGCCCCCUGGCCGUCCAUGGGUACAUCGUUUGCUUUCUACUUUAAACAGGAGAGUGUUUUCUGAAACUGAAAUACUUGAAUUACCAGACAAUGCCCCUUCAGUCUGUGAUCCCUCUUGGCCCCAGGACGUGAGGAUCCACGAAAUGUGAAUAAAUGGAAAGUAAAGGAAACCGGGCGUUGUUCCUCCGUGAGGCGCCUGCCUCGACUCCCGCCCCGCAGACCCAGGGGCGCCUCCGGGAA